ACAGCCUCAGAAAGCAGCUUCCUGCUGCCCGGGAACUGGUGCUGUUCUGCUCAACAUUGGGCUCUCCCAGGAGAUUGAUCUUGUGACAAUUAUGAGGCUGCAGGCGGUUCUCUGUCUCUGGGCGGCUGUCAGCUCCUUUGCAAGAAACUUGGCGAAACCUCGGCCAGGUAAUCUGUGUGUGGCCGUUUGCACGGGUACCAAUCAACUGAAUUACCAGAAAGGUUUCAGAUAUACCUACAAGUACACAACUGCCACAAACAGCUUCUUGCAGGGCAGUUCACAUGAGAGCAGUGGAGUAGCAAUAGAAUGUUUAGUGAAUAUUGAUGUUCUUGACAAGUGUCACCAUAUCCUAACGCUCAGAAAUACGCAGAUUAAAGGAUCAAUGUCAAAUGAGGUGGAACUUCUCCCAGGUCAGGAGAAGCUAAGAGCUUCCCUGGAGAAACAUCCACUUCAAUUUUCUUUCCAAGAUGGGAUAAUUCCUGAGAUCUGUCCUUCAGAAGGUGAAGAAACCUGGGCCUUGAACAUCAAGCGAGGCAUCCUCAGUAUUCUCCAGGAUUCAUAUACAGUAAAUAAACAGAAAACUGUUGAAGAGGUUGAUAUUUCGGGCAAGUGUUUGUCUGUGUAUAAGGUGCAAGGUUCCCUACUUAUGAAGUUUAAAGACCUAAACCGUUGUUUCCUACGCUCUAUGGCUGUCACUUCAUUGCAGUCAGUAGUUCUACCGGAUUCUGCAAUCUUGGAUUCCCAGUUGGAAUGCAUGCAGAACUAUAAAGGUGGCAUCAUAGAAAUGGCCACAUGCAACGAGUCGAAUGUCUUUCGGCCCUUCUCCAAAGAAGGAAAAGGGGCAAAGACAGAGAUCCUCGCGACAAUGAAACUUUUAAAGGUGGAAGAAGCAUUAUCCAUGCCCAGAGUAGAACUAAAGGCAUUCCACCACAGCACUCUGCUGUUUGAGAGAGAGAGAGGAAAAGGGAAAAAGGCAGGAUAUUCGAAUGCAGUGCGAGUUGCAGAGGCAGUGAGACAACUCUGCUUAACCAAAGGCAUGACCUUUGAGUCUGCAGAUCUUUUCAUGUCUUUGGUGUUUGAUCUCCGGAGCCUUUCCAUAGGUGCCCUUCAAGACCUUUGGCAACGAGCGCUGUUCAAAUGCCGAGAUAACUGGCAGCCUCUGGUGGACACGUUACCAGCGUGUGGAACUGAAGCAUGCAUCAGUUUCCUAACAGAAAUCAUUUUGUCUCAAGAACUGGAUGAAGAUCGAGCAGACGCUUUUAUGUGGUCUUUGGCUUUCAUUCCAGAACCUACAGCGCCAAUGGUCGCCGCAGUUACUGCCCUGUUGAAAUCACCAGAUGCAAGAACACAGACUUUUCUAGGAGUUUCUUCUCUGGUUCAUAACUUCUGUUCAAAAAACAAUACAUGUCAAGUAAUACCCGAGGUACAGGAGGUCAUGAAGAUUCUGGAAGGUUAUGUACAAGGAAAUUGUAGAGCACGGGAAUCUGAGAGAAAGGAGAAGGUGCUGAUGUCCCUGAAAGCAAUUGGAAAUGCUGGCCUUGGUGCCAAUGCUCAGAUUCCAACAUUGAAUGAAUGUGUACAGUCUAAAACCAAUCUACUAGAAGUACGACUUGCAGCCGUUUAUGCUUUCAGACGCAUUCCCUGUGAAGCUGAUCGCACUGUGUUAGUUCAGCUGUAUCAAACGGCAGAUGAAGAUGUAGAGCUCCGAAUUGCUUCUUACUACAUAUUAAUGAAAUGUCCCAGCGAUCAGCUCUUUGAAACAGUGGGACUCACUCUGCAGAAUGAAAGAUCCAGUCAAGUGGGCUCGUUUGUAUGGACCCAUCUGUCCCAGCUCAUGGAAACUAAUGACCCCCUCAAACAGCAGAUUAAGGAAACUCUUCCCAAUUACAUUGUCAGCAAAGACUUUGACCUAGAACACUGGAAAUAUUCGUCAUAUGUGGAUGCCACCUUCCAGUCAGAACCAUUUCCUGUUGGGGCAAAUGCAGAGGCAGCCCUCAUUUUCUCCCCCAGGUCCUUCUUACCACGUUCAGCAAUGGCAAAUUUUACCAUUUAUGUGAUGGGCUAUGCUGUCAAUCUACUUGAGGUUGGCAUUCGAGUAGAAAACGCUGAGUACCUUGUCCAGAAAAUAUUUGGUCACAGACAAGCUCCUUUUAUGGACAGUCCCAAGAACAUGAAGAAUUCAGGGAGAAAAUGGAGGAUGAGAAAUCCAUCAAAAUCUUCCAUUCAGACUGCGGGUAAGAAGGAAGCAGUGCGGAGGCACGCUGUCAGCAAGUUUACAGCAUCCAAGCAGCAAGUGGAGAAACCCAGGUUUCAAAAAGCAAACCAAAGCUGUCAGAACGUGGACUAUAAUCGGAUUUAUGAAAUAGAGGCCCAAUUUGCAAAAAGGAUGGCGAAGAAGAAGAAGAAGCUGACAUGUGGCUUGAGCAUGAAGAUAUUUGGCAAUGAGUUGAGCUUUAUAGACUGCAGUAACAUGAGGACGCAGAUAAAGCAAUACUCUCUGGACAUGGCAGAAAUUGCAAUCAAACUCCUAAAGGGUCAGGAAGUACAGUAUAACAGAAGGACAAGUCUAGCUACAGAGGAGUUGACAUUUUCAUCCAUUUCAGGCCUGCCUAUUAGGCUUGCUGUAAAUGCAUCAGCUGCCACAAACAUUAAAAUUAAAGGGAAUGUUGACCUUAAGCAGAGGACCGACUUUAUCAUCACUGGUUUCAUCAAGCCAAGUGCUCACAUUCAUGUGUCUAUCCACAUGGGGGUUGAUGGGACAAUUGGUAAAGCUGGUCUGGAAUGGGUGGCAGGAAUGAGGACAUUGAUGAGCCUCGAUGGAGGAAUCCAGUUAAAGAAAGGGCAAGACUUGAAAGUUUUCCUCAACACACCACAGGACACAAUGGAGAUCAUAGAUAUCAGCUCAAGACUUUACACAACAAAUCCAAGUCGAAAGGAGGAAAUGAUUGGAUCUCAUGAUCGAAGGGAAGCGAGAACUUGUAGUGAAGAAGAAUUCUCCAGACAAAUUGGAUGGCAGAUUUGUUCCGAAAUGUCAUAUCCCUUGGGAACCUCUGGUCCUGCAUUUCCUCUCUCGGGCCCUGCUGAAGCAUCUGUUAUGCUUAUAAAACGCGACAAAGGACUACAGCAAUAUCUGCUGGAGGCAGCAUAUUCCUAUGUUACACAGAAGAACAGCUGGUUUCCCACUGAAGCUGUAUUGCAUUUUUUUAUGGGAACCCCGCAGUCAGUUAUCAACAGGGAUGUAGCCAUUGAUUUUCAGCUGAACUACUCAAAGAGAAAACUGUCAGCGAAAAUUAUUCAUCCAAAGAAAGCGAUAAAAAUCGAUGGAGAGAUUAGAAAAAUGAAACACUCCCGCACAGGACUGCUGGAAGUUCUCAUAGAUGACAAAGACUUGUAUUAUGUUAAGGGGUGGACAAGCUUGCAAAGUCUUGAUGGGGAGCAGAUGUUUUUCUCCAAGCUGGAAGCCAAAUUCACAAAGCAUGGGAGUCCCAUAAUACUGUCUGGCAAUGUGACCAGAGUCCCUGGACAGAAAAUUGCACUUUUUGUAUCACUCAACAAUGUAAUGCAAGAAACAGCUACUGUGUCAGUCCGUUUGGAGCAAAAAGUUGAUGAGAAGCAAAAGCAAUACACGAUAGAGGCUGACACCUAUCUUCCGCGCAUUCUGGGAUGUCAGAUAAUUGGCUUUUUGCAGCAAAGAGGAACUAGUUGGUCCUCCACACUACGGGGAAAAUAUGGGCUUUUUGGUGAUGCUCUGAAUCUUCGGCAUGAGUGCAACAUGGCUCAGAAAAUUAAGAGGGAGACAAGCCCUACAGAAACAUAUAAACUUCAAGUGCAACAUGAAUUUCACUGCACUCAGAUCACAUCCUAUAAUCAUAAGCUCCAUCUGCAGCAUGAAGAAAAUGAGUCACGGACACACACCCAGCUCGAGAUCAACUAUGGAAAACACUGGGAUGAGAUUAAUAACAGGAAGAAGAUUUUCAUCACUCAGCUCUUUAAGAAUGAUUCCAGCGCCAGCUUAACCAACUACUUCAUGGAGUUCACCUUGCAAAUUCCAGAGAAGCAAAUUCAUUACAGGACACAACUGCAGCAUUCUCACUUACAUCAGGGAUACGCUGAAAGCAACACACAUGUCAAAGUGCUGUACAAUGACAAGAUACCAUUCCAGGCAGGAAUUCAGUGGAAGGAUACGUCAAAACCUAAGUUGAAGAAGUGGGAAGGUUCGCUGAAGCUAGAUACACCUUGGCUUUAUCUUCAGACUUCUCAUAAGCUGAAUCAACCUCACAUUCGUGCAUACCAAUCAAGUGUGGAAAUAACAGCAGCAAAAGCUAUAUCAGUGAAGAAUCUGGUGAUCUGGACCUACUAUAAAAACAAAGGAAAUAAAUUGGAAGGAAGGAUUCAUAUUUACACACCCAGCACCACUUACGUAAAGGCAUCCACUCUUGGGCACAUUACAGAGAACUUGUUCAGAAGCCACAGUGAGGUUGUCUCACUUUGGAACUUGCCAGUUAAGAACAAAAUCCUUGUGGAAAGUAAAGAGAAACUUAAGUCUGCCUGGUUUUGGCUAAAGCAUCAGAAGAAAGAAUUUAAUUUCACAGCUAACUACAUGGACAGAGAGGAGCCGAAGAAGAAAAGGAGUAUAACAGUGAUGGCCCUUUGGACAGACAAUAAGAGCCCGCCUUUGGUAAUGCAGUUGAAUGGACAGAUCGAGGAAUUGAAGAGGGAGAAGAUGUUGUUCCAGAACCGUGCAUUAAUUCAAUUUAGACACCCUUUUAAGCUGCCAGUACCGCAGAACACCCUUCUUCAGGAGACAUUCACUGUAGACAAGAGGAAGAAACAUUAUGUUUUGGAAGUGAAAGCCUUGGUGAAUGAGAAAGAGGAAACAAUUCACACACUUAUCCUUGGAUACCAGCCUGAAAAGCCAUAUAUCUGUGUUGCUUUAGCACACCCUUAUAAUGCUGAAGUUAUUCCAAAGAACAUGGAAGUUUGUUUCAGAACAAAGACAGACCACAUUGCAAAAUUUGAGGCAGAAGCAACAGUGAGAAUCAACAAAAGAGAUGCCUUGAAGUUCCGUGGACGAUAUCAGAAUAAAUCUACUGAUACAGACUGCUGGUAUCUUGUGCACUUUGACACAGACCACAGUCUACAGAUACGCGUUCCUCACACUUUAAUCCUGGAUGGGGAGCUUUUCACGAUGCAGAGCAAGCACAAGGAUUUUAAUUACGGAGCAAAUUGUAAAUUUAUCGUCAAUAAGCUGGAUACAUCACAGUUCUCCAUUCAAUGGAAUGGCUCCUCCAAUCAAAUGAGAGUUUACUCCCAGUUCAGUCAUCCUUACCAGUCAACAAUACCAUACACUUUUCAGACCCUCGCGACAGCAAAGAAUUAUGGAGAGAGCAACUACAAUGGCACAUUCUACCUACACUCUAAUGGCAAAGAUCUUAUGGUAACGGAGUUUGAUGUUGUGAAUGAGAGUAAAAGGAGUGUCAGAACUCUGGGUGUUAAAGCUGCCCUGCACCAGAGCUUUCUGACUGGACCAAAGAAUAGCCAAUUUCAAGUAACUGCGAGAGCACACAAUUCCAGAUAUUUGGUGGUUUCCAGUCUGCAGUUGGACGAGAAAGCUUUUGACAUAGAUCUGAUGGGAUUAAAGGAGUACCAAGAAUGUUUGAUCUUAUCAAUGGCUGGUACUGUCCAGCAUAAUAUGAAUAAUGGGCAAACAAUUCCACAAUUCCUACAUGUGGAUGCAAACUUAAAACAGCAAAACAAUACCAAUGAAGGUAACCUGAAUAUUGAAAUCGAUGACAUCCUUUACAGACUACACCUUCAAAAUAACAACUCUUUUAGUGACAGCACUGCUCACGAUUUAAUUGUCACCUUGAUCCAGAAUGGCAGCCUGACAAUCCCAGCAAGGACUGAGUUUAAAGGACACUUGGAGCUGGGCCAAGAAUCGAGAGUGGGCCAGGCCUGUUGGCAAACAGAUGAUAAAUCAAUAUGUUUCCAGCUUUUCCAGGUGACCAAAGCAAACCAGACCAAGGUCACUUGUAAAGUGGCUCACAACCUGGAAGAAUUAAUAACUACAGGUUUACCUGCUGAUGGGAGAUUUUCUCUGAAUUAUGUUCACAUGAAUAAGAAUCGUGCGGUUAUGAUUGAAAUGCAAAGUGGCAGUAAACGCAUACAGGCUUCUGUCGAGAUGGAGAGAACAUUUACUGGUACCCCUAUAUACCAGCUAACCAUCCAUCUGCUGCACAGUGUGGAGGAACUGGAAAAAUUUGGUCUUCCAUUCUCAUCCACUGGAAGCUAUCAUUAUCAGAAUCUCAGGAACGGAUACACUGCUAAUGUAAGUGUGAAAUUGGAGAAGCAGCACCUCCGCACAGCAAUCGAACAGAAGAGCACUGCAAGAACAGGAGAGGUUUUUCUGUUUUUUAACCAUGACAUAGAGGCAUUGUCCAAAAGGAUACCAGCUACAAUUCAGGUAAACUGCAGUGGAGAAGCUUCCCAAAAGCUGCUUCUGGGCCACUGUUCUGGAGCAGUUGCAGGCAAACCUUUUGAGAGUGCAAUGCCAACAAGAUUCUCACUAAAUGGCACAAUGAGGACAGACCGUUGUGAAGCAGAUUUCUCUGGCCACCUCCAAAUGGACAACAAAUUUGCACGGCUUGAAUGGCAGACUAUAUGGACCCCAAUCCCCAGCAUUGACCUUGGUUUCAGGCACUCUGUUCCUUUACUACUCACUGUGGGAAUCCCAAAUGACAACAGACUGCUGAUCCGAACAGGCAAAGGGACAAAACAUGAAGCAUCUGUUGAGUUUACUGUUGGCAAAUGCAGCCUCAGAGCAGUUGGUGACGUCAAAGUCCCUGGUAAUAAAAAGGAAGGAAUGAGUACCGAUUGGUCGGCUUCCCUCAUGAACAGAUGUCUUACUCUUGAGAGAGUGGGUGUCCCACAGAAUCUGGAGACCAAUGGCUCCUUAGAUAUCAACAGCUGCAACAUUGCAAUCAAAACAAAUAUGCUGAACAAUGGUAAAACAGCCGAGUUUCAUCUGGAGACGUCCUGCAAUCCCAAGUACACAGUGCAGGGAGUUUUUAAACACACCAUCCCACAGCUGAGUAACCGUGGCCUCCCCAGUGAAAGUCAAAUUCUCCUGUCUGCUACCAAAGGAGCAAAAAUGGAAGGCUCGUUCCUGCUGCAGUCUGGAAAUUGCAAAGUCCGAGCCGAUGGUAACUUAAACUCUGGAGCUAAAGCAGAGUGGAUGUGGGUGACAGAAACAGAUUGCGAAGUUUUGCAGAAUUUUAAGAUUCCAGCUCAAUCGCAAUGUAAUGGAUCCAUUCAGGUUGAAGGCUGUAAAGCAGAACUUCUAACCAAUAUCCAAUUAGAAGGCAACAGUGCAACCCUGGAGCUAAAUUCAGAGUGUGAUCCAAAAGUCAACAUAGAGGUCAUAUUUGAACACACAUUGCCAAUGCUAAAAGGGAUUCCAGAACACAAUAAGCUCUUUUUUACAGCAGAAAGACACUUAAAAUCCGAAUUUGAAUUAGAUUUAAAGAUGGGCACUUGUAAUCUUCUAGCAAGUGGAGGUCUUCAGGUGAAAAAUAAAACAGAAUUAAACUUCUUGAUAAAUAACAAAUGCAAAAAGCUGCAGGAUCUAGCGGUGCCACUGAAAAUUAAUGGGUCAGGUUAUAUUGUGAUAAACGGAGUUAACUUUGCGUCCCAGAUACAGAUAAACAUUGACCAAACUAAACUCGAAGGUCUGAUCACUCUGAAGUCUGAUGCUAAUAAACAUGAGAUUAACGCCUCAUUGUUCCACAACAUUGAUGGCGCCUCACAGCUUGGAAUUCCAGGAAACACAGUUGUGGCUUUAACAGCUGAGAAACAGGGCGAUACGUACAUGCGGUCCAUCCGAUUUAUCGUUGAUAGCAAGCAGAUAAUUGAAGAUUUGACUUUCGUUCUCAAGACACAUCAUAUUUCAUUGAGCUACAAACUUACACAUAAUUUAGAGCUACUCAAGACCCUAUUCAUAGAUGAAGAUGUUGAUAUACAGAUAAAGGCUGAAAUCCAAGGUCUGACUCCUAACCUUGAGGGAUCUGUUCAAAUCGUUUUGGAUGGUGAGAAGUCCGUUGCAUAUGCAUUCAACACUUACGUAAAUGAUGGACAUUUUAAGUUAAUCAUCAGGAACAGUCACAACAGUGAAAGCUUAGCGACUGUUGGUUAUCCAGAGGAGAUUGUGCUUGUAUUAAUUGCACAAAGAACUGACACCAAAAUUAGCUCGAUGUUCGACAUUCAAUAUGAUUCCAAGAAUAUGAAGUUAAUUUUGGAUGCCUCCAGACGAUUUACAAUGGGUGCUGUCAUUGAAUUUAAUAUUGAAGUUCAGCAUACGAUCCUCUUCAUCAAGAAGCUUGGAGUGCCCUUCAGUAUCAAGGUUGAUUGCUAUGGUAUGCUCAAAGACACUGACGUGGAUGCAUCAUUGAAGCUAAAGUAUGAGCCGGUUGCCAAUGUGAUCCUACUUGUGGAGGGAAGAAAUCAACAUUAUAACAAAGAGUUGCAGCUGAUAGUUUUACAGAAUAUCCCUGCCCUCCGUUACCUUCCUGCAGCAGUAGAAAUUGCAACAAAGGUUAAUUACUCUGCACAUAUGAUAAACGGAACAUUCAACAUCAUGUUGGAUGAGAAUAAACUGAAUGCUUUCACCAUUUUAACUAUUGGAGGUUCUGGUUAUAGUGAAAUCUUCGAGAUGACCCACACAUUCGCACAGUUGAAAGCCAUUCCUAAACAGCUGGUCUGUAAUACGGUUUAUCAGAAGAUUGGCCGGACAUACAUGCUCAGUCACAAUGCCACGUGGGAAGACAAAGAACUGGGUUUUUUGGGAAGCUACAGUGGAUCUUUCCCAAAGAUAUUUGGGCGCCAUGAAACUCGUGUGAACUUUUUCCAUCCGUUUGCCAUCCCAUUGCCUCAGCAGUUGCAGCUCAGAAUGAGCCUUUCUCAUUCUCUCUUCAGUCACCAGGAUGACAUUGUAAUUAACUGGGACUACAAGGAUCAGGUGGUUCUUUUAGUCUCUCUGAACUUGGAUAAUGAUCGACUGGAAAGCAGAGCCAACCUUCAGCACCCAUUCCAACUCACCUUGAAAAAGUUUGAACUACAAUGUCUCUCUGAAAGAAAAGAAAAGAAAUACAAUCAAAAGGCCCAUGUUGCCUGGAAUGGAGGCCAACCCAUUGAUCUUAAAUUUACAUUGGAAUACAAAUUGGAAAGCAACUUAACAGCAUUGGACACAUGUGUGGACUUUUCCUCAGGCCAGCUGCAGCCUUUGCUUCUGAUACAGUCUCUGCACGGCUGUGGAUCUGCCAAACAUACUCAAAACUCUUUUACUGAGAGUGUGGAACUGCAUUGGGAUGACAAGAAGAUCAACCAGAGCUUUGAGUAUCAGAAUAACAGACCGAUGAGGCCAGACAAUAUCUGGAUUGCUGUCACUUUCUCAAAUGUUAUCCAGUCAUCUUGUGGAAGGCAGGGCAUUCUUGGGAGGAUCCAAACUGAUUAUCGUGACCAGCUGAACCAUUACCUGAAAGUGGCCUUCUGUAACAUGUCAAAUUCUAUCAAACUGUCAGGAAAACAUCAGCGAAAUAAAGGAGAAGUCAUUCUGUCAUCCCAAACCCGAGUCAGUCUUUCCAGUGAUGAGAAACAUGACAUGGUGUUGGGAAUGUCACUGAGGAAUGGUGGACAGGCGGACAUGAAGAACUACUCCCUUGAUAUGCAGUGGAAGGCUUCUGAAGCCAGUCAUCUAGGCCUGCUGGGAAAGUACACUGCCUCCGCCCUCAAGAGAAGAAUCGUACUAGAGGGGAAGAUCGAUUACAGAGAGGCAAUAAAACUAGCCAGCACACACGAGAAGGGAUGUCAGCAGUACUAUACUGGAUACACUAAUGGUGGAUCAGACGAGGAGGGAGUAGAAUUGGCUUUUUGCUCCAAUGGAAGAGGCAGUGCAAAAGCAGAACUGUAUCACUCACUGAACCAGACGAGAAAAGGAGAGCUUGGACAUGUCGCGGUGACUGUUGUCAACAAGAGUAUGCAGAGUGUACUAAGGGUAACAGCACAAGGUUGUGGGCACCUCGUUACCAGAACUGAGGCCAAACUUUCAGAAAUUGUUUUGCAGUUUAAGAACCAGUUGCUGAAAAAGCUCAAAGAUUUUGAUCUCCGUGUUUGGAAAUUCAGGAAAAAUGUUGGAGACACUACAUUUCUGUAUGAAACAUGUGGCUGGAUGCUAAAAGCCUCGCAGAAAACAGCAGACGCCAUUAGGAAUGGUGGUAGAAUGUUCCGUCAGAUGUGGAAGCUGAGCAGAGUGAGGCAGAUGGUGCUACAUGUUGUUCCAUUGUACCUAGAAAAGAUUCAAGAAACAUUACAACAGUUACAAGGAGAACUACAAAAGCCUGUGGCCACACUAAAGGAUGCUUACUACGAUGUGACACUGAAGGAACUAGAUCAAGAGUGGAAACUGAAAACUGAGGAGUAUCUGGAAAAAAUUCAAUCUUUUAUACCCACAGUAGUUCAGGAUACAUGGCUGCUGCAGUCAGUACCCAGGGUACUGUAUAUUACCAAGCAAGCAUUUGAUUUGACCACGCAACAAGUAACGAGGUGGGCAGAGGCAAAAAUCGCCAAAGCCACAAGCAAGAUCCAUAAGCCACUUGCAAAUCUCUACAAAUACUCACCAGAAGAUUGCUCUGUUGUAGUGAACGUGCCAUUGUUGUCUAUGGGGGAGCGGCUGCUUGAUGUGGCUAAUAUUACCAACUAUCUUGUUGAAUCCAAGCUGAUAAAGACAUUGAGGAGUCUAUACAAUAUAAACCCCAUCGCAGAAUAUUACAGACUAAAACACAGGAUUAUGGACAGCCCAUUUGAACAUCAAGCCCUACUCAUUGGAAACAAGCAUUAUGUGACUUUUGACGGGAAGAUGUAUGAUUUUGCCAGCAAGUGUAGUUUUCUUUUAGCUAAAGAUUUCCAGAGGAACACGUUCACGGUGUUACUGAAUCACGAGAGUGAUGGUAGGAACUCACUCCGCGUGGAAAUGAAUCGCACCAUCAUUGAUAUAUACCCAGGAGUAAAGGUUGAAGAGAAUUGCAAAGCCAGUGAACUGCCCCUGGUGAAGAAUGGAGUGACAAUCAGAAAGGAUCUUAAUGAAGUCAAGGUGUCAAAUCAAAAUGGAGUUAUUGUGUCAUGCAAUAUGCAACGUGAAAUCUGCAGUCUGACUCUCCCUGGGUGGUACCAUGGUUUAUCAGCUGGUCUGUUUGGAACAAAUGAUAAUGAAGCUGGAAAUGAGUUCACACUACCCAAUCAUUCACAGACUGAAAAUGUGGAAGAGUUUGCACAGAAAUGGCAGAUUGAUGCACCGUGCCACACUACUGGCAAGAAGGUUAAGCUAUGCUUUGGCAGUGCUUUUCAGUACAUCUGUAAGAUGUUAUUCAAAGGAGCCUAUUCACCACUGAGAAAUUGUUUCAGAGUGGUAGAUCCUGUUCCAUUCUAUGACAUGUGCCUGAAUGACAUGUGUGAAUCAUCAGAUCUUCAGCCAGGCUGUAACUUAGCAGCUGCCUUUGUCCACUUAUGCAACAGGAAUUUUGUCCCUCUGGAAAUUCCAUCACAAUGUGUGGCUGGCAAGGAUAGUGACAGCAUGCAAAACGAUGAUGUGGUAGAUAACAAGCAAUGGCUGACUGUAAAACCAGCAGACGUCCUCUUCAUUAUUGAAGAGAGGGACUGCAAUAAGCCGAUUGUUACAAAGCUUCCUUCACUUAUUAAUUCAUUGGUUGAAACCUUCAAAAAACAAGGAAUCACAGAUGUGAAAUUUGGUUUCAUUGGCUUUGGUGAUGUUGGAGUUCACGAGCAGCACCUCCUCACUGUGAAGAGAGAGCACUCGACUUCUUCAUCCUGGCACUUGGAAAAGGAACUGGGCAGCAACCUGACAUUCACCCGCAAUAUAUCUCUCAAUGCACCAGCUGCCGUGAAACUGGUAGCACAGUGGCCUUUCCGUAAGGAAGCCACCAAGAGUGCCAUUCUUCUGACUUGUUCCAGCUGUCAUCGAAAUGACAAGUCGUCUGAAAACACUUUGCAGAACUUGCUGACAUCCUCAGGGAUCACAUUGCACGUACUGAAAGACAUGAAGAUUCAGCUGAAGAAUGAAGAGAGUGACGCCACUAUUGUAGGCUUAGAUGAUAGCAAUCUCUUCAGAGUCAGCGGUGCUGGGGCCUGGCCUUCUAAAACAUUACGCCAUCACAUUGUGUUACCUGCUGAAGAUAGGUGUCUGUCUGCAGCAAUCAAAUCAGGUGGUGCAGUAUUUGAUUCUUCAAAGUUCAUCAAUCAAGGUGAAAAUUUCCUCCAAUUAUUUAGUUUCCAAGUCACCAAGAAGCACAAGAUUGGCAAAUGUGAGAUUUGCCAGUCCAGCACAGGUUGAAACAACUUCAUGUUUAGUAUCUGAGUUGACUACUUCAUAGCAAAAAGAAUGUCAGAUAGUUAUAAUGGCAGAUGCACAAUAUGAGGAAUGUAUCCUACAGUCCGUAACACCCAUGGAAUUAAAAGUCAUAUUUUCACAUUCAUUGCAGCCCACACCAUGCUGUCACUGUACAUAUUACUCUAAAUUCCUGGUCCUAAUUAAAAAUUAUUUCAAAUUAAUUCGAAUAAACUAUGUAUUUUACUGUGACUUGCUCGUACAGUCAAUCCAAUGCUGGAUUUAUAUUCCUAAUACAUUAAUGGGCAGCAUAUUUUAAAACUCCCUAAAUCAUUAUUGUUCUCUCCACAAAAUUUCCUUGAAGGUUCACUCGAAAUAAUUAAUGACAAUGAUGAGAGGGAGCUAAACAUGACAGAUUAAAUGUGCUUCAGAAGCACAUGCAGUCUUGAAAACUGUUGUUUUGAUAUUUCAGCUCAACAAAGCUGCAAGGUGAUUCAUGCUAGCUGUUUAUCUGUGCUGUGUAGAUAGCUAUGUCUGGGUAUCUGCUGGAAUUUAAUAUAGGUUAAACCGUAAACAUUUGAUUUCUUCAUUUUCGAAUUAUGACUAACGCAAUCCUUCUGAAUCAUUCUCCACAAGAAACAGAACAGCCAAAGUAAGAUCCAAGUGUUUGGAUUCUACUGAAUAAAGAAUGGAACACUACUUGGUUUACAGUUGGUGACCUAACACAUUUGAUGAGCUCAUCAUGCAGUAAAUCAGAAAGAUUGAGACUCAGUUAAUUUGGUGUACAACUCCUGAAAUCACGUUGAGGCCCGAAAUCCUCUCCAACAUUUUUUAUAGAUUGUGUGAUCCAGAUUAUUAUUGUUCUUUCUAGAGGUCAUCAUGGUGCUUGUCAGCCCUGUAGAGUUUACCAUUGUUUAUAAUGGAAGUCUAAAGCUGAUUAGGUUGUCUAACAAAGUGAGGAGGUUCAGUAGCUGUUAUAAUCAAAGAACAGAGUUCUAGCACAUCCAAAUGGCACAAAUAGUCAGCAGCAAAGGAAACUGCUAGUUAAUAUGGUGAUGAAAAUCAUAGCCAGUACUUUUUCAAUAAAUUUUAGCAUAAAUUUCAGGCAUCUUCAUUACUCCUAUUAGAUGAUACCAAUUAUAAGAAUAAUACUCAGGACAUUGAGAAAGUCAACAACUUGUUGAGUAGCAAUAAUAAUUUAGUACAGAAUUAUAAAUAUCUCAAUGUAGCGUAAAAUUGGUGCCUUUUUAUUUUGUCUAUCAAUUUACUGAAUUCCUUUUCCCUGAAACAUUUUGUACUAAUAAAAUAAAUUCUUUGAUUUUUGUUAAAUAUAGUUUUAUCAGUCUCAAUGAGGUAUGUUUUCAGUGAGUGAAUCCUACAUAUACUGUUUUUCCCUAUUGGACAUUAAAUGUCUUGAAAUAUUGCCUUCAGAUUCACGUUUGUGUGAGAAAUGCAUAAAUAACAUUACUUGCAGGUUACAUUUGUUAAUUGACUUACAUAUUUUUGGAAUACAGAGCAAGCAAUAUUUUAGUUUUAUUAUUGUGAUUCUCAGUUUUUCUGUUUUGUUUCAUACUUUCAGUGAUAUUAUUAUAUUAGAACUUUGUAAUAAGUUCCAGUCAUUAGAAUUCUGUGAUUGGAGAGUACUGAGUCUUGCACAUGUUUUCAAUGUCUUCGUUCUCCUUUACCUCAUUGAUGCAAUGCACUUUUACAUUUGGUUGUGUUUAUGGAAUCAUAUUUUUAAUAAAAUGAGGUUAGAAGUU